AUGCCAGUAUCGGUGCGAAGAUACUCCACCGCUCCCUCGCCACCGUCCCCGCCGCCAGAACGCCCCUCAAACCGCCUCCUCCCUCUCACCGCCGGAUUCGUCCUCCUCGCUGGUGGCGCAUACCUCUACCUGGCUCGCGAAGAGCCUCCCCUGCUCGGCUACGACCGCUGGACGCCGGUCAAGAUCAAGUCUAUCACGCCUUUGACGCCGGAGACGUCGUUGUUCCGCCUUGAAGUGCCGAAAGCGCUUCUUCCGCCUGGACUGGGCAGCGAUCCUUCUGCACGACCGAUCCUCAGCCUUUUCGUGAAGGAGCCGAAUCUGCAGAUCCAGCGGGCGUACACUCCUCUCACAUCCUCCUCCUUCAACCCUUCUGGUCCCGCCGAGCUGGACCUCGUUAUCAAGCGAUACGCAGACGGCGAGCUGUCACCCUACAUUCACCGACUAGGACCUGGCGAUGAGUUGACCGUGCGAGGGCCGGCCAUUACUUGGUAUUACCGCCCGCAGGACUGGGAUGAAGUCACUUUCGUCGUCGGCGGAACGGGCGUAGCUCCAGCAUACCAAUUCGUAAAGGACAUGCUCUCCGCCUCCUCUAUCGACACCCCGAAAGUCUCCAUCGUCUACGCCUCUCCAUCACCAUCCCGCAUCCUCCUCAAAGACUCCCUAGACGCCUUCCGCGAGCAAGAUCCCUCUCGACUCUCGCUUCACUACCUCGCCGACCGAUUAGACCCGAACACGUCUAGCAAGACGGCGCCACAGGAUGUGACGAUUGCUUUCCCGGAUGGGAUGACGCUGAAGAAGCUGUUGGGAAAGAAGGAGGAUGGGAAGCGGAGAGUAGUGAUUGUGUGCGGUCCUGAAGGAAUGGUCGAAGCGGUGGCAGGACCGCGCGGGCGGAACUUUUCGCAGGGACGGGUAGGAGGCGUCCUGAAGGAGCUGGGCUUCACCGAGAGGGAGGUCGUCAAGCUGUAG